AUGCCCAGAAUCUGUGUCCUGGGUGCUGGAAUAAUGGGCGUCUCCACAGCGUUGGCCAUUCAGGAACGAAUUCCGGACUCUGUGGUCACCAUAAUCGCCGAGAAAUUCUCUCCAAACACGACGAGUGACGUUGCCGCUGGUCUCAUUGAACCCUAUCUUUGUGAUGAUGACGUGGACCGUGUUAUAAGUUGGACAAAAUCAACUAUUCAGCGUAUUCAGGAAUACAUGAAUGAAGGGAACCCUGGAGCAGAGAGUCAGGAGCAAUCCGGUUAUUGGCUUCAAAGUGUGAAAUCGGUGCCGAAAUGGUUGGAAGUCAUGAAAAAUGUGAAAAUUUUGACUGGAAAUGAGCUGAAAAUGGUCGCCAAGCGACCAGAACACAAAUUCGGCAUUUUCUACACAACUUGGUACCUGGAACCAACACCGUAUAUCAAAUGGGAAUCCGAUAAAUUUUUGAAAAAUGGCGGGAAAAUCAAAAAUUCAAAAAUUCAAAAGAUAGAAGACGUCGAAAAGGAAUUCGGGCUCUUCGAUGUGAUUCUGAACUGUACUGGAAUUGGAGCAAGACAUUUAAUUGGGGAUAAUGAAGUCUUUCCGACAAGGGGACAAAUUUUAAAGGUCAAAUGCCCAAGUGUUAAGCAUUUCUUCAUUGAUGAUCAGUUUUAUGCACUUUUAAACGACACCACCAUUACCCUCGGCGGAACCGCCGAUCGUCACCAGUGGGAUCGAACCAUAAAUCCCAAAAUUUCUGAAAAAAUAUUCCAAGAAAACUGCAAAAACAUUCCAUCUCUUCGAUCCGCUCAAGUCAUCUCAAGCCACGUGGAUUUGCGACCAUCUCGAGUUACAGUAAGAUUGGAGGCGGAGCCUGAUUCGAAAGUUAUUCAUAACAAUGGACAUGGCGGAUCUGGAAUCACCCUUCAUUGGGGUUGUGCUCUCGAGUGUGUCGAGUUGGUCAAGAAAGUUUUGGCGGGAAAACCAGGAAUUUCGAAAAUUUGA